UUUAGAUUGAUCUGAUCGUAAUACUUUUAGUUGAGUGACAUGGAGUUGUUCAAUCAAGUUCCAUCUGUAGCGCUUUAUGGAUCGGAGCAGUUUUUACGCGAAGCUCACGGUGUUAACUUGUGUGAAACGGGUAGUGAUAAAGAAACCAAUUUUUCUAAUGGUUCAUUAAUUUGUACUUCACAUCGUCUCCUGUGGAAAGACAUGGCCAGUAUUGUAAUCAUAUCUACUGAUUUAAGCGCGAUCAAAUCGGUUACUGAAGAUAAAACAAGGACAGCAGAUGGAUAUCCUAAGCUAUGUCUUUUAUUUAUACAAGAUUCGAAGAUUUUGAAAUUGGUGUUCACGAGUUUUGGCUCACAAAUAUUCCUCAGCUGUAUAACUGACGCGUUACAGCGAAGAAGAUGGGAAAUUCCUGAAAAUACUGACAAAAUGAAAACAUCGGUAGUGUCUGGAUCACUGAGUUCAUUGGGUAUAUCAGCAGUUCAAAAGAAAAUUGACAAAGAACAGAAAUCAACUGACGCGACAUUACAGGCAGCGUUUGCGGACAUAGAGAAACUGAUGUCCAGCGCCCAAGAAAUGGUCAAGUUGUCUUCAAAAUUAGCUGAGAAAAUCAAAGACGGACAAGGAGCUAUUAAUGCAGAUGAGACAGCUGAGUUCAAAUCUGUGUUGCUGAGCAUGGGUAUCGCAAACCCCGUGACGCGACAGACAAGCGGAAACCAGACAAAAUAUCAUCAAGAUUUGUCGAGGCAAUUGUCAGAUUUCUUGCUUCCAGUCGUGCAGAAAGAACCCGGAGGAACUAUGGCCUUGGGAGAUGUAUACUGUCGCUUCAAUCGAGCACGAGGUGUUGACUUAGUAUCUCCUGAUGACUUGUUAGUGGCUUGUGAGCUAUUCGACAAAUUAAAUCUGCCGCUUCGUUUUCGACGCUUUGAAUCUGGAGUCUCAGUAGUUCAGAUGCGGGAACUGAGUGAUGACAAAUUAGUCGACGAAACCGUGCGUCUCCUGGAAGCGUAUGAAUGUCUUACAGCUGACGAACUGUCUAGGCAUAUGGGAAUUUCAGUGACAUUAGGCAAAGAGAGACUUCUUCUUUGUGAACAGCAGGGAAAACUGUGCAGGGAUGAAAACGUCGAGGGGCUGAAAUUCUAUAUUAAUAAGUUCGAGUUAAUGGCUUAAUUCUUCAAAAUGGCAUUGGCAUUUGAUUUAUAAGUUUGUAGUUAGUUUAUUAUUGUAAUUUUGUUUGAUUCUUUGAA